AAGCCCCCACCCACCGUUAAUAGUAUAAAAGGACCGUAUGGGAAGGAGAGACUCAAACCCGCCCACAUCCACUUCCAGCAGCUUACCUGCUUUUCCAUUACCUGUCCCAGCACCAUGUCUUACAGUUGUUGCCUGCCCAGCCUGGGCUGCGGCACCAGCUGCUCCUCCCGGCCCUGCGUGCCCCCUAGCUGCCACGGCCACACGCUGCCCGGGGCCUGCAACAUCCCUGCCAAUGUGGGCAACUGCAACUGGUUCUGCGAGGGCUCCUUCAAUGGCAGCGAGAAGGAGACAAUGCAGUUCCUGAACGACCGCCUGGCCAGCUACCUGGAGAAGGUGCGUCAGCUGGAGCGGGAAAACGCGGAGCUGGAGAACCUCAUCCGGGAGCGGUCGCAGCAGCAGGAGCCCUUGCUGUGCCCCAGCUACCAGUCCUACUUCACGAUCAUCGAGGAGCUCCAGCAGAAGAUUCUGUGUGCCAAGGCUGAGAAUGCCAGGCUGGUGGUGAACAUUGACAAUGCCAAGCUGGCCUCUGACGACUUCAGAAGCAAGUACCAGACAGAGCAGUCCCUGAGGCGGCUGGUGGAGUCGGACAUCAACAGCAUACGCAGGAUCCUGGAUGAGCUGACCCUCUGCAAGUCCGACCUGGAGUCCCAGGUGGAGUCCCUGAGGGAGGAGCUGAUCUGCCUGAAGAAGAACCAUGAGGAGGAGGUCAACACCCUGCGCUCCCAGCUUGGAGACCGCCUCAAUGUGGAGGUGGAUGCUGCCCCCGCUGUGGACCUGAACCAGGUCCUGAACGAGACCAGGAGUCAGUAUGAGGCCCUGGUGGAAACCAACCGCAGGGAAGUGGAGCAAUGGUUCGCCACGCAGACCGAGGAGCUGAACAAGCAGGUGGUAUCCAGCGCAGAGCAGCUGCAGUCCUACCAGGCGGAGAUCAUCGAGCUGAGACGCACGGUCAACGCCCUGGAGAUCGAGCUGCAGGCCCAGCACAACCUGCGAAACUCUCUGGAAAACACGCUGACGGAGAGCGAGGCCCGCUACAGCUCCCAGCUGUCCCAGGUACAGAGCCUGAUCACCAACGUGGAGUCGCAGCUGGCGGAGAUCCGCUGUGACCUGGAGCGGCAGAACCAGGAGUACCAGGUGCUGCUGGACGUGCGUGCACGGCUGGAGUGCGAGAUCAACACGUACCGGAGCCUCCUGGAGAGCGAGGACUGCAAGCUGCCCUCCAACCCCUGCGCCACCACCAAUGCAUAUGAAAAGUCCACUGGAUCCUGCAUCACCAAUGCUUGUGGUCCUCGUUCCCGCUGUGGGCCCUGCAACACCUUUGGGUGCUAG